AACAACAGGUCGAAGAACUGACGUCGUCUGUUUAUUGUGAAUGAUGUCAAUUGACUCUGGUGGCUACGGGAAGCCUGUGAUCUGUGAUCUUCUCGAACAAAUUCGCUUCUCUGUCGGUGUCAGAUGUCCGAAACGCGAUGACGAACAUGUGUUGGAUAUAAGCUCGACAUAGAGUCCAGGACCAUACCGGCGCAAAGGAUGGGAACCAAAAGAAAAUAUGAAUCCGAUCAAGAAGUGCCAGACGAGGACUGGCUGCAUCCGAGGAAGAUUCCCAAUCAGAAUCUAUUGUGCCGCCUUAUGCAGCGAGAAGCCUAUGCUUGCAGGCAACGAGUGAAUGCUGCUCUUAUAUCGCGCCAACUGCAUCAGAAUGUUGUGCCUCGCUUCACAAUCCUAGGAAUCGACAAGCCGGCAGUGUUCUUGAAAAAGUUCACCCUCGACGGGAAAUAUCUCUUCGCCUUCUCAUCGGAUCAGACCUGCAUUCAACUCUUCAAAUAUCUGGGACCCCAAGGUGGGGCUUCAUUGAUCAACGAUUUACCAGGAGAUCACACCACCGAUACCAGGGUGGUUCACGAAGCUUUCGGGAAGUACUUCCGUCACCUGCACUGUGUGGUGGUGAUCUCCGACGCCCACGAGCAGCUGAAUAGGGAAUGUUCAAUUUUUACAAAUGAUGGCAGAUAUCUUAUCGUCGCUUCGUCUGGCGCCUGCGGGCGGGAACCCGAGCCCGCACAAAUCUUCACGACGAACGAAUCUCUGAAAAUCAACAACCAGUUCCCAUGCGAAGACAUUGCGUUCCAUCUGAUCGACAUCCAUCGGGGAGUUGUCUGCGAUCGACUGACGUUCAAGGUCGACAGGAUACUGCUCACGCACAACCACGGGAUUUACCUUUACAAUCAGACACUCGCGAUCCUUUCCCUGCAGCACCAAACCAUCCACAUCUACAAUGUAGACGGUGGGAAAUUCACCAAGAAACAUGAAAUCGGAAGAUUCCUCUUUCCGGAUGAUCAACAAUUGGUCGAUUCAGUAGAACCCGUCCGAGACCCCAGCGGAGCGAUCAUGCCGACUUCUGGGGAGGCUUGGCUGAAUUCCCUGAAACAUCGUCUUCUCGCGGCUCUGUAUCGAAAAAGUGCCGGAGAUACUCGGCAAAUCCGAGAGUUCUGUCAAUUGUUCGGAGCGAUCAACCAAUUGCGGAUUGGGAAGAUGCAGCUUCUGGACGAGGAUCAUCUGUUGAUAAAGUAUGUUAAGGAGAAAUCCCUACAAACUAGGUCUCAAGACGCAACAGGACCCUCAUUGUUCUCCGUCUACCGGAUCUCGGUGGGCGAAGUAGUCGACGUCUACACGAACACCUCCGAGGAGCUCCUGCAUUUGGCCGACAAUUUCUGUGAAUACUUCCGAAACUUGCCGUCGACGUGUAGCCCGUCCAACAACGCCAAUGCAAAGCUUAUUCUUCAACGCUUCAAGCAAACAAUCCUCAACGCACGAUUCGGCGGUCAGCAGGAGAUGGUGAAACGUCUUCUGAGUCAACUUCCGAUCUCCUGUCAGAGUUUCAGCGCGAGUCCAUAUUUAGAUCUAUCGCUUUUCUCCUACGAUGAUAAGUGGGUAUCGAUGUUCGAACGUCCAAAGGGAGCCGGCGAGUACCCCAUAAAGUUCUACUGCAGAGACUCGGGGCUAUUACGUUACAAAAUGCACACCAACCAGCACAUACAGAGCAAUCGUCCGCCUCAGAAGCGUCUUGCUGCUUUCACCUUCCAUCCCAAAGAUCCUUUCGUCAUUUCGGUGCAGCGGAUAAAUGGCGACUAUAUUGUCAAUUUCCACGUGCCAAAUGACAACCACCAUCGACGUUUCCAGAACUCCGGGAGUAGCUCCAUGGACACGCGGCUAUAGAGUCGAUCGUGCUAUUUGCCGUGUUCGGUUCGUGGCAGGAGGCUCGGAAGAAUUCUUCGACAUCAACACUCAGGUUGUGGGGGAGACGAAUGGAUCGAUAGGGGACGGGGAGGGAAGAGCAUUGAGAACCCACAUCAUGAAUCGAGAUAGGAUUUUCUCUUGACCAGCAUGAAUUUAUGAUUAUGUCAGCGUGCGGUCUAGUUCAAUGUUUCGCAGGAAUGAGCGAUGCUCUAUUGUAUACUGUUUUGGCUGAACUC